AUGGUGCUAAGUUUUGACCACUUGGAGGUGAGCCAGACUGGCAGCGGACCCUCUGUGGUGGAGAAGCCAAUGUCUACCUCCUUCCUGCCCCCUGCUGUGGGGGUUCCUUGUCUGGAAAAUGGGGAUAACGAAGGUACCUGCUUCAUGGGGCUAUGGCCAGUGGAGUGGCAGCCCCAGAACCAGGACCGCGGUGGAUGGUGGUUUCACCGAGACCUCAGUGGGCUGGAUGCCGAGACCCUGCUCAAGGGCCGAGGGGUCAACGGGAGCUUCCUGGCUCGGCCCAGUCGCAAGAACCAGGGCGACUUCUCCCUCUCUGCCCCAGCACGCCCCGGCCCUGUGUGUGUCCACCCCGCCCCCGUGUGCGCUCCCUGCCCAGGACCCCCGCCCAUCCCCCACGCCAUCCCCACCUCCACUCUCGCAUCCACCGGCCUCACCGCUGCCCUGGUGCCCUGCAGGGUGGGGGAUCAGGUGACCCACAUUCGGAUCCAGAACUCGGGGGAUUUCUACGACCUGUAUGGAGGGGAGAAGUUCGCGACGCUGACAGAGCUGGUGGAAUACUACACGCAGCAGCAGGGCGUCCUGCAGGACCGCGAUGGCACCGUCAUCCACCUCAAGUACCCGCUGAACUGCUCAGACCCUACCAGUGAGAGGUGGUACCAUGGCCACAUGUCUGGAGGGCAGGCAGAGACACUGCUGCAGGCCAAGGGUGAGCCCUGGACUUUUCUCGUGCGUGAAAGUCUCAGCCAGCCUGGAGAUUUUGUGCUGUCCGUGCUCAGCGACCAGCCCAAGGCUGGGCCGGGCUCCCCGCUCAGAGUCACCCAUAUCAAGGUCAUGUGUGAGGGUGGACGCUACACAGUGGGCGGUUCGGAGACCUUCGACAGCCUCACGGACCUGGUGGAGCAUUUCAAGAGGACGGGGAUCGAGGAGGCCUCGGGCGCCUUCGUCUACCUGCGGCAGCCAUACUACGCCACGAGGGUGAACGCAGCUGACAUUGAGAACCGGGUCUUGGAACUGAACAAGAAGAAGGAGUCGGAGGACACAGCGAAGGCUGGCUUCUGGGAGGAGUUUGAGAGUCUGCAGAAGCAGGAGGUGAAGAACUUGCACCAGCGGCUGGAAGGGCAGCGGCCAGAAAACAAGAGCAAGAACCGCUACAAGAACAUCCUUCCGUUCGACCACAGCCGAGUGGUCUUACAGGGACGCGACAGUAACGUCCCUGGGUCUGACUACAUUAACGCCAACUACGUCAAGAACCAGCUGCUAGGCCCUGAUGAAAAUGCUAAGACCUACAUCGCCAGCCAGGGCUGCCUGGAGGCCACGGUCAACGACUUCUGGCAGAUGGUGUGGCAGGAGAACACCCGUGUCGUCGUCAUGACCACCCGGGAGGUGGAGAAGGGCCGGAACAAAUGUGUCCCAUACUGGCCAGAGAUGGGCACUCAGUGCGUUUAUGGACUCUACGCUGUAACCAACUGCGGGGAACACGACACAGCUGAGUACAAACUCCGCACCUUACAGGUCUCCCCGCUGGACAAUGGGGACCUGGUUCGGGAGAUCUGGCACUACCAGUACCUGAGCUGGCCUGACCACGGGGUCCCCAGCGAGCCUGGGGGUGUCCUCAGCUUCCUGGACCAGAUCAACCAGCGGCAGGAAAGUCUGCCUCACGCAGGGCCCAUCAUCGUGCACUGCAGCGCCGGCAUUGGCCGCACCGGCACCAUCAUUGUCAUCGACAUGCUUAUGGAGAGCAUCUCCACCAAGGGCCUAGACUGUGACAUCGACAUCCAGAAGACGAUCCAGAUGGUACGGGCCCAGCGCUCGGGCAUGGUGCAGACGGAGGCGCAAUACAAGUUCAUCUACGUGGCCAUCGCCCAGUUCAUCGAAACCACCAAGAAGAAGCUGGAGGUCAUGCAGUCCCAGAAGGGCUGGGAGUCGGAGUACGGGAACAUUACCUACCCCCCAGCCAUGAAGAAUGCCCAUGCCAAGGCCGCCCGCACCUCCUCCAAACACAAGGAGGACGUGUAUGAGAACGUGCACAGUAAGAACAAGAAGGACGAGAAGGUGAAGAAGCAGCGGUCGGCGGACAAGGAGAAGAGCAAGGGUUCCCUGAAGAGGAAGUGAGCUGGGCCUGUCCUGGGGCGGCCAUGCCUCAGCCCCGUCCCUGCAGAGGCCUCCAGUGGAAGACCCAGAGCCUGAACCUCGGAGCCUGGCCCCCCAUUCCAUUGUAAUUUAAAUGGCCAUGUCCCCAGCUCCCUCUCCCAGCCCCUGUAUAUAGCCCAGCAAGGCCCCUGGCAGGGCCAGGCCCUUCUCUUGUA